CCAUUUUCAUCAUUUAUGAAUCUCUGCCUUCUUUAGUAUCAUGUCUGAGCGUAAAGCGCAGGGAGUCGCGACGAAACUUUCACGUUUAUCUUCAUAGCACGGCAGAAUCGGUCAACCAGAAUCUUCAUGCCACACCUUCUUGUCCAUUUUCAAAGGUCUUUCCCCGAUAUAGGAUUGAUCUCACAAGUAUCCAAAGCGAGAGAAAAAGAAAUUUUCAGGUACCAUUUUUAUCAGAUUGGAUUAAGGCAACAACCCGAAGCAAAUUUCUGCAGUCUUCCUCUCCAGGAACCGACGUACUAUGGUUGGAGAAUCUGUCUGGGGUACAAGCAACGGCAAUGCUCUGGAGAAGCACUACAAAUGUUUCACAGGGCCAUGUGAAUGCGACGCUCUUGGCUUUUGCCAAUACCAAAGCGCAAACAAUUCGGCAGUGGGUUGAAAUUUUUUACUGGCUUCAAGAUAAACGCCCUGGCGAUAGUUGUAGAGGAGUCACCGUUGAGUACUUGGCUGAGCACAAGGUACCGGUUGUCCUCAUCGAACGACGAAUGGAAGAGGUUGUAUCCUCUGAGAUUCCAGACUCGAACACUUCGAAAGUGAUCAAGCAGCAUACACAAGCUUGGGUAAAGCGAAUUUUAGUUGAGCUUGGGAUUUGUCCUUUCACGAAAACUACGAAAAUGAGCGGGCAAGGUCUUAUGGACUUGGGUAUUUCACCGGGGAGCAUUGCCUACCACAGCUCUUUUGCGAAAGUGGAUCAAAUUUGUUUCUUGAUGGCCGAUACCUGGGAGGCGAUUAGUGACAUGAUCGCUGCGGGACCCUCUGGAAAGGAGGGAGUCAGCAGUAUUCUCUUGGCCGCUCCGGAUUUCGACGACGAUUUCGAUCUCUGGUCUGGUCCAAUAUUUGCCAUGUUGGAGGCCGGUGUUUUGGCAGCUAGUGCCGAAAAGGAAGUUGGCAUUGUCUGUUUUCAUCCCAAAUACGCAACACCUGACGGAAGUAGCUGGCCAGGUUUCGGCCACAUGCAUUCAGUCCCACGAUUAAAAACAUGGUUGCUCGAAGACGAACCAAGUUGCCCAUUAUCCGACGAAGAAAUUGCUGCUGGAGGAGCCUGGCAGCGACGAACACCCCACGCAACCAUCAAUGUCCUCCGUGCUGAUCAAUUAUCAGCUGCCGAAGGACGGCGAAAAUCUAUCCAUCUCUACAGCGAGAACAUCCGUAAGCUCGUUGGAGGAAACGGGAUCGGGUCGGAGAAGCUACAAGAAGAUUUGGAUCGAGAACGUUCUAUCCAUCUUUCAGAGUCGUGA